CCAGCCUGUCACUCAUGGCCCACAGCAGAGUGGGAGAUAAGCAAAGGCUCAGAGAGCCUGGUCCUCUGGGCUCCCCGAACAACCCAGGUGAUCCGUGAGGGUUGGCACUGUGGGGUGAGGCUCUAGCUACCAAGAGCAAUGAACAUCCAGACCCUGCCGCCUAAGUGAAAACCAGGGGUCUGCAGCUCUUCUGGUUCCUCCACCUUGUCAAGGCUGCAUCGGGAUGGCAGGAGCACCUAAGGAGGGUUUGGAAGCCCAGGCACUGCUAGUGUCAAGCAAGGCCUGUUUAACCACCAUGGACAAAAAGAUUAAUGUACUAAAUGAGAAGGUUGACAAACUCUUGCAUUUCCAAGAAGAUGUCACGGAGAAACUGCAGUCUGUGUACCAAGGCAUGGACCAUCUGGAGCAAGGCCUGCACCGGCUGGAGGCCUCCCAGGUCCUGGGCCUGGCUGGGGCUAAUCAUACUCCACCAGCUGCCACACAGGCUGGGUGGCUGGAGGUCCUGGAGCUGGUGAGGGCUGUGCAGCAGGAUGCUGCCCAGCAUGGUGCCAGACUCGAAGCCCUUUCCAGGAUGGUGGUGGCUGUGGACAAGGCCAUAGCUUUGGUGGGGGCCGUGUUCCAGAACUCAAAGGUAGUGGAUUUCAUCAUGCAAGGGAUUGUCCCCUGGAGAAAAGGAAACCUGGCUGACAGCCCUAUGGAGAACAAAGAGCGAGCAGAGGAGAAGGGAGCAAAACCAAAGCACACCCUGAGCACCAGAGCCACGCAAGCUGGGGUCAAGGGGCUGCGGGCAGAAAGCCAGAAGGUGGACCUGCCAGAGGGGACAGUGGAGAGGCUGCCCUACAUCGAUGCUUCAGGGAUAGGAUCUGACCUGCUCACUCAGGCAGAGGCCUCAGCAGGACAGGGAGACAGAGAUCCCCUCCCAACCCAGGUGCCCCCUGGCCACCUGCUGCUGCCCACAGAGGCAGAAGCCAAAGUUCCUAGGACAUCCAGUGAGAAGCCUGGAACUGGCCUGGAAUUGUCUGCAGCACCCAACAGGGUCAGUGAGGCCUCCAGCAGCCAGGAGGCUGCACCAGGUACGGGACAGGGAGCAUCAUCCAGCAGACAUGACCCUUGGCCCUUGGAGGAGGAGUGCAUGAGGCUGACUCCAGGGCCACCAGCCCAGAACAAGGCAGCCCACAGUGGUGGAGAAACACCUCCAAGGAUCUCUAUCCAUGUGCAAGAGACGGAUACCCCUGGAGAGCUCCUUGUGACACGAAGGGGAAGCCUCAGACACACACCUGCUGUGGAGGCUCCAGCAGCUGCUCAUCCAGGUGAGCAGGAACCACCUGAGUCCCAGGCCCCUGUGACUGAGUCAGGAAAAGAGACCCCGAAAGGAGCCAGUGAGUUUUCCCCCCUGUGGAAGUGGAGCAGUGAUGGGGGAGCAAAGGCCGAGGAAAAGCAGGAGCCUGGCACCAAGCCUACCAUGGGACCGAGUGGGGCCAGGUGGGCCAAGGGAGACAAUGCUGGGGCUCCAGGCCUGCAGCAGGACAAAGGCCCAGGAGCAGGAACCCCCGAGGUGGGGAAGGACUGCACAGCUGGAGACAUGGGCGGAGUGGAAGCAGGAAGGAAGAUGCCCCUGAGAGCUGAGGCUGGUCGCCUGGUUCUGGAUGACAGUCCAGCCCCACCAGCCCCUUUUGAGCACCGGGUGGUGAGUGUCAAGGAGACCUCAACCUCAGCGGGUUAUACAGUGUGCCAGCAUGAAGUACUGGGAGGGGGCCGGUUUGGCCAGGUCCAUAGGUGCACAGAAAGGUCAACAGGCUUCUUGCUGGCAGCCAAGAUUAUCAAAGUGAAGAACGCCAAGGACCGGGAGGAUGUGAAGAACGAGAUCAAUAUCAUGAACCAGCUCAGCCAUGUGAAUCUGAUCCAGCUCUAUGAUGCCUUCGAGAGCAAGAACAGCUUUACCCUUGUCAUGGAGUAUGUGGAUGGGGGUGAACUCUUUGACCGGAUCACAGAUGAGAAGUACCACCUAACGGAACUGGAUGUAGUCUUGUUCACCAAGCAGAUCUGCGAGGGUGUGCAUUACCUCCAUCAGCAUUACAUCCUGCACCUGGAUCUCAAGCCAGAGAACAUACUGUGUGUCAAUCAGACAGGACACCAAAUUAAGAUUAUUGACUUCGGGCUGGCCAGAAGGUAUAAGCCCCAGGAGAAGCUGAAGGUGAACUUUGGCACUCCUGAGUUCCUGGCCCCGGAAGUUGUCAACUACGAGUUUGUCUCCUUCCCCACGGACAUGUGGAGUGUGGGAGUCAUCAUCUACAUGCUACUCAGUGGUCUGUCCCCAUUUCUAGGGGAAACAGAUGCAGAGACCAUGAAUUUCAUUGUGAACUGCACUUGGGAUUUCGAUACUGACACCUUUGAAGGGCUGUCGGAGGAGGCCAAGGACUUUGUUUCCCAGUUGCUGGUCAAGGAGAAGAGCUGCCGAAUGAGUGCCACACAGUGCCUAAAACAUGAGUGGUUGAGUAAUUUGCCUGCCAAAGCUUCAAAAUGUGAAGUUCGUCUCAAGUCCCAACUAUUGCUGCAGAAAUACUUGGCUCAGAGAAAAUGGAAGAAACAUUUCUACGUGGUAACUGCUGCCAACAGGUUAAGAAAAUUUCCAACUUGUCCCUAAUCCUCAACUCUGCUGCUCGCAUGUGCCCAGAAAUUACUGAGACUGGCGGGGCGGUGGAGGGGGGAGUGAAGACUCAAGAUUUUUAAUAAUCUGGACUUUAACUAAUUAUGGUUCCGCUUAUUUUAUUUAAAAAGAUUAUGGCUGUUGCCUUCUUUAUGGAUGAAAAAGUGGCUGUAAGGAAAGUGACUAAGAACUUAUUUUCUGCCUUAUAAAUCACUAAGUUGAAAUGUUGUGUUUACUGUUCAAGGAUAUGUACUUUUGGUGAUAAGUGUAGGCAUGCUUUAGAUAGGUAGGAAAGUUCUACUUUGCAUAUGCCAAAUUUAAAUUCUAAACUUACUCUGAUUAAAGAACUCAGUGGACAGUUACACAGGGGCAUGUUAUUCAGUAUCAUCUCCUCUAGUAUAAAGAAUUCCUAGAAUUCUGAUUUGCUCAUGGGUGAGAUAUUUUAUUGGACUAUCCCACUCUAAUGUAAAGCAGCAUGGAUUUAGCACAGAGAUCUUCAAACUUUUUAAACUUGUGCUCCCUUUUGAUAAUCAAAAUGUGUAUCCUCUAGAAUUCUUUGAAGUUUAAAAAUAUACAACUGUCACAGCUAAA